AGCUGUUGCAGCUACAGUAGUUUGUUGAUAAAGAUUGUUGUUUGUUGUUGAUAAGAAACUAUUAAAAUUCGACAAAUAAGCGGCAGCAGAUGGUCAUAAGAGCGCCUGGAAUAAGUGAAUAAUACACUCGGGUAAAAAGUGUUCUACAUUCGUGAGUGGGUACCGAGUAAAUUCUCAGGCGAUAGGCGAGGGAAAAGCGAAGCCAAAAGGCUCGAUUAUUGCUCGCUUUUGUUGCUCACUCGGCUAAAAGCUCUUUCCGAAAAUGCCGCCAAAGAGGAAAUCCCGCCAUAGCGCGGCCCCUGGAAAAAGAGGGAAACCAAAUGCGUAUCAAAAUUGGGAUAGUUAUGCCGAGGAACAUAGUUCCGGCUCGGAUUUUGAGACGAUUAUGACUGGGACAAGACUGCGAAAUACAAGCGCCUGGGAGCAGUCCACAAGUGUGUUAAAAGAGGAGAUUUCUGCGGGAAGCGAGCACCUUAAUCGCACAGAAACUCAGCCGACGGCUGCUACCGACUUUGAUUCAGGCGUGGGACAGUUGCUUUCGCUCAACAACAUACUAUACAAUAAUGUGUUGAAGGAGAUUCUGGACCGCCUGAAGAACAUACAGAACACGCAGGCAGCUAUGGAGGAAUGGCAGAAAGAUAGAGACGAGGAGAUCUGCGCGAGACUCGAAAAGAUUGAAAGUGAUCUGGAGGCAUUGCAGAGGGGUCCCCACAGGAGGACAGGGGCCGUAACAUUAGACGCCAUUACCAACAGUGGCCAUUGGCCCACAAAAGUAAUUCCGCUAAAUCCAUUUACUCUAGGCUCCGAACUGGAAGAACUCGAAAAAAAACUGCUGGACGAAGAAACUCUUAAAUUAAUGGUUAGAGAAUUUGAAAAAUUGACUGCCAAAAACUACGAUAAAUACGUUCGGAUGUGCUGGCGUAAAGUAUUUGUGGAUGAGCUGGCGGAGAAGUAUUGCUGGAGGGGAACCACGACAAAGAAGUGCAUUAGGCCCCUCUGCGUUACCCUGGCUAUUCGAAGUGCGAGUAGAGCUAAAUAUCCGGAAUAUGAUGAUGCCAUUUUCGACAGGUCUUCGCAGAAAUUCUUCCAAUAUGCACAUGACCGGAUUAUUAAAACAAGCAAACUAUGAGCCAAGAACCAAGAAAGUGAAUCAAGACGAUCCAUUGGCCAUUUCAAACCUCUGAUAAUUCUAAGACUACGCGUGGGAACCAAGACAACUGCUUGGGGUUGGAAUAUCAGUUCUAAAUUUAAGUGUAGUUUAGGUAGAUGUAAGCCGUUGCGUUGUUCCAAGCGAAUCUAUAUUCUGAUCCCGCAGGGCGGCAGAACGCCAUGUGCGGCAGUGCCUGAUUAAAGUAUUUUUAUAAACGUCCCUACUUUAACACUAACUUUACUUGCAGAGUAUACAUAUUUAUAAACAUUUCCAAAUACGCGAAAAUAAAAGACAAUUCGUUUUUACGAAAUAGA